GUUUGGGUGUGUGAGUGAACGAUUGUGUAUUGAACGUGCAUGUGUGGUUAAACAGCAUUAGACACUUUAAUUCAGUUUAUUUGGCAUUACAGAAGCGGGCACAGCAGAAUCAGGCUGAACACGACAGCAGCUCGAUGAUCGACAUGACGUGGAGUGUCUGAUGAGACUUUGGCGCGAGACUGGAAAAAAGGCGGGAACUGAUCAAAUGCGAUUUAAUGAUUCGGAGCUGGUGUUUAAGAGCUGGAAAUGCGCUUUAACGAGAAGGAGCUGGUGUUCCUGAGCCGCCAGCCGUCAGAGAGAGCGGCCGAGCUGGGCAUGAGAGGUCCGAAUAAAGGGGACGUUGUGAAGAAGCGUCUAGUGAAGCUGAUUGUUAAUUUCCUGUUUUAUUUUCGCACUGAUGAGGAUGAGCCCAUUGGAGCUCUGCUGUUGGAGCAGUGUCGAGUGGAGAGAGAAGACCACCAUGUGUUCUCUAUUGUGUUUCUUGAUGAAGCGGCACGGAAGUAUCUGUUUGAGUGCGACUCAGAGCAGCAGUGUGUUGAGUGGAUUGAUGCCAUCAUUAAAGCGAGUUAUGAAUUCAUGCGCAAGAAUAUCAUCUUCUACCGCACGGAAAUCCAUCGAUUGACUGGCAAGGAUCCUCUGGAGCAGUAUGGGAUUUCAGAUGAAACGCGUUUCCAGGACAACAGUGGUCUUCCUGUUCUGCCUCCACCCCCCACAUAAACAUCAUAAAUGCAAUCUAAUACGACCGAAGUCCACGUGGUUUCACAUACAUUCGUUUGCCGUUUGGGGUUUUGUGUGUUUGUUCGGGUCAGUUUUUAUAGUCUGCUAUUAAGACUAUUAAUGUACCCUAUAAACGUUCUGUCUCUAUGGGGGGGGGCAAUAGUUAGUAUUAUUGUAAUGUAUGUCUGCUGAGUUUGAGCCAAUUGCAUUAAAGUCAUUUAGUUCUUUGUUGAAUGUGAAGUUCAUUGUUAAUGUGAGGAAACCUUGAACUGAGUCUGUUGCUCUUGCAAGCAAGAUUGUAAGUCAAUGGGGGUUUUUUUUUCCCCAACUUCGGGCACUUUAAUGACUCAGGGGUUGAUUUUUAUUAAAACAAACUUUGAUUUUUCUUUUGUCAUUUGAAGGUCUAAAUAAAAGUG